AGCCAGCAGAGGUGACAGGGUCACCGCGGAGCCUUCAGCAGCUCCGCCGCCAGCGACUCAGCCCUGUGGUUCUUUGAGUCAGGCCGCGGGUCAGGGUUUUCGCCGCCGGUCGUCCGCCGUGGUGGGUGCGGCUCUGAUGCUGCGGCAGGCUCCGGACGCCCGGAGCUCUGGAGGAAUUUAAGAAGCUUUUAUUCAUGUGCAUGUCAUAGAAGAUGAAUUCAUCCUCUUCUACUGUGAAUGAAGAGCCUGAUGCUCUGUCAGUAGUUAACCAGCUACGGGAUUUAGCAGCAGAUCCAUUAAAUAGAAGAGCCAUCGUCCAGGACCAGGGAUGUUUGCCUGGCCUCAUUUUGUUUAUGGACCAUCCAAACCCCUCUGUCGUCCACUCGGCUUUGCUUGCGCUCCGAUACUUGGCUGAAUGUCGUGCGAACAGAGAAAAGAUGAAGGGAGAACUGGGGAUGAUGCUGAGCUUGCAGAACGUCAUCCAGAAGACUACAACUCCAGGAGAAACAAAACUUCUGGCCUCAGAAAUCUAUGACAUUCUUCAAUCCUCCAAUAUGGCUGAUGGUGAUAGUUUUAAUGAAAUGAAUUCACGUAGAAGGAAAGCUCAGUUUUUUCUGGGGACUACAAACAAACGUGCCAAAACAGUAGUUUUGCACAUAGACGGUCUCGACGAUACGUCUCGGCGAAAUCUAUGUGAAGAGGCUUUGUUAAAAAUUAAAGGUGUUAUUAGCUUUACUUUUCAAAUGGCUGUUCAAAGAUGCGUGGUGCGGAUCCGUUCAGAUUUGAAAGCAGAGGCUUUGGCGUCAGCAAUAGCAUCGACCAAGGUGAUGAAAGCGCAGCAAGUUGUAAAAAGUGAAAGUGGGGAAGAGAUGCUGGUCCCUUUUCAGGAUGCCCCUGUGGAAGUGGAAGAGAACACAGAGCUCCCUGACUAUCUUCCUGAGGAUGAGAGUCCCACAAAGGAACAGGACAAGGCGGUGUCCCGGGUUGGAUCACACCCUGAAGGUGGAGCCAGCUGGUUGAGCACAGCUGCAAACUUUUUAUCCAGAUCAUUUUACUGGUGACGUCAGCUUCAGUUUGGGGCUAAGGACUGUGCAAGCCAACAGGGGGCCAGCUUUCCGUUGUUUUGGUGAACUGUCAAGUGCAAUUUGCAAUAAAUUAUCAUGGAAAGUUUCUAGAUUACUAUGUAUGCUGCAUUUUACAUCUUAUUGAACAUUUUUCACACAAGACAGAGGCUACAGGUGAAGUUUGUUUGUGAAGGUAUUUUGGUAUUGUUUUCCUUUGCUCAAUUGCCUCAUAUUUUGUUUUGAAAAACAUGGGUCCACUGUUAAAACCAAAUGUAUGUGUAGCUUUAUAUUCUGUUUUACAGAAGCAUGUGAUUAGAAAAACACAUUUUCUCCUCAAGCCUCAGGAGAUUUCUGAAAAGUUUUGCAUAGCUCUCAAGUUGUGCAUGAAUUACCGAAUAUAUUUUUUUUCAGCUUUUCUUUAUGAACAAUAUAAGACAUGUGCUUUGGUACCCUUCUCUGGAAGUUGAAAACAUACCUACUUAGCCCCCUUCUGUGCCUUUUUUAUUUUGCCAACCAUGUUUUAUAGAAAAGACAUUAGUAAUGACAUUUUGCAAAUGGAAUUAUGUUCAUUUGAACAUAGAAAUACCUAAAAAGGAAAAAAUCUCUACAAAAAGCUGUGCAGUCUUACUUGCUGUAAUUUUAAUAUUACUGUAGGCCAGGUAAAACAUGGACAUAAGCACUGUGAAGUGCUUUUGGGAGAAUUUGAAUGUGGCCAAGCAAGGCUCUGUUGACUUCUUCUCACUUAGGUUAGAGUGGCUUUUAAGAAUUAAGUCCACUGAUGAUUUGAGCAGCAGAUGGUCUCUUGGCCUUACUCUGUGGUGACACUGUAUCCUGCUAGAGAAAAGUAAUAGUUUAAACCACUGACAAACUUGAAAAAGAAAACUAAAUUGGAUGCCUAGAAUGCCGCAGUGCCACCUCGGCCAGCCUGACGUCAGACAUAAACUGCCUGGCACAUACCCAUCCCAGAGAUGCUGCUGCUUAUUGCCUUUCCUGGUUAUUAAGAAAGUACCUCAGUCGGUUUGUCUAACACAGGAUCCACACUAUUGCUUAGAGAGAAAGAAAGCCAGCACUGCUCACUUAUUCUUAUUUUUCAUAUCUAUCCAGAAAACUGACUUCAGCGAAGGUAAGAUAUAUAAAUAUAGAUAUACACUUGUGUUUUUUCUUUAAGACUGAAUUACACGUUUGCAAUGCUUUCUUAAGAGUCUAAAAUAUUUGACAACUAAUAUUUCUUUUUAGAAGUCAGCUAAAUCUAUUUAAAGGCAACAUCAUUAAAACUAACAGGAAGAAACUGAAAUGCAUCUUCAGCAGGUGGAGCUGCUGUUUCGCUGCUUGGAGAAUGUGAAGUGAAGUUGGACCCUGGAAGGUUCCCUUGCAUCUUUGUUGUUUCUCUUUUAGAGAUCAUUGAAGCCAUCCGGUGUUACUGGGGAAAAAUAAUCGUACAUACUAUGGGCCAUGAGACCAUUAUGUUCAUUAACCUUGUGGCUUUCUGGAAGGAGGGUGUUAAAGGAUUUAGAGCAUUUUCCCCAUGUCUGGCCUCAGAUUCAAGUGAUAAGUACAAGCAGAAAGCAGAAAUUUUCAGGGCACAUUGCUAACCUAUAUUAUUAUUUGCUGCCAGAACCAGAUGUGUUGAAAACAAAACAAAUCACCUCCUUUCUAUAUCCAUUAAAGCAAAGUUUACUCUGUGUUUAUUUUAUUUUGCAUUGUCACACAUUUAUUUAAAAACUAUAGCCCUUUACGUAGUGAUGGUCCAGGUCAGUUGAUAAUUUCGGACUGAUAUUUGUGUCUAUCUAGGUGUUCUUCUAGGACUCUCAGAGAACCGAAGGCAACUAUAAUGGCAGUUUUUGAAAUAUAUUGUAAAAUAAUAAAAGAUAACAUUGAAAAUCAA